UAUCACUGUCCCUCUUCCACUCUCUCUCUCCCCUCGUACAUAUAAUUCUCCGCCGAGUCACCUACUUCUCUUUCUAAAAUUCAGUGAAAGCUAAUUCACUUUCUCACUGCCGCCGUAUGAGCAUUUUGUACAUCUCUGUGCUUUGUUACAUCUGAACUAACUCAAACGAGCAUUUGCUUCCAAAUUUUUAUAAUAAUAUAUCACAACCAGGAAUCUGAGUGAGUGGUAUCGUACAUUACUCAGUUAAGCUGGCGUGUUUAAAUCAUCUCUCGAAGAUUUGCAAGCUCAGUCCUCUAUAGGCUGUGCGUCCGCAUUGAAGAGGUGCUGACGUAAUUCAACUCGGAUCACCAGCUUCACUCAACAAUGAAAGCGAGCACUCAGCUGGAUUCAGUACUUUUCCGUUUAACUCCUACUCGGACAAGAUGUGAUUUGAUUAUCAUAGCAAAUGGGAAGAAAGAGAAGAUUGCUUCGGGCCUGUUAAAUCCUUUUCUUGCUCACAUGAAGUCUGCUCAGGAAAAAAUUGCAAAGGGUGGUUACUCAAUUAUUCUUGAGCCACCACAGUCUCAGAGUAUUAUAUCAUGGUUUACAAAGGGCACUGUGGAAAGGUUUGUGCGUUUUGUGAACACCCCAGAUAUCCUAGAAAGAGUGUACAUUAUAGAAUCUGAGAUCAUACAGAUUGAGGAAACAAUUGCCAUUCAAGGGAAAAAUGACAUUCAACAUUGCCUUGUUGAGGAUCAGCAAACAAAGGCAUUCAGAGACUGUGCUGGUAGCAAAUCCACAGUAGUUUCUAAUGGUAAUAAAGCUGUUGUCCUUUACCAGCCUGAGGAGCAUUUACCACAAGCAAGUGGUUCAUUUUCACAAGAUGGGAACUCCAGAGUACAGAUAUUGAAAAUCUUACAGACUCGCAAAUCCGUGCUGGAAAAAGAACAGUGCAUGGCCUUUGAACGUGCUGCAGCUGCUGGUUUUCAUUUUGAUGACAUGCCUUUCCUUCUAUCAUUUGGUAAAUGCUUUGGAGCUUCACGCUUGAGGGAUGCCUGCUUCAGAUUCAUGGAACUCUGGAAGAAAAAACACGGGUUUGGACAACACCUUGAAACCAGAGAAGCAGAAGUAGUGGCAGGCCAAACAGAUUUAUUUGACAAGAAGGCUUCAUACAGUAAUGAGAAGCUAAGCACAGAAUGCAUUGCAGGUCAAAGGCAUCCUAUGGAUGCACAUCUGCCAAAAGGUCAACAUGAAAACCCUCAAGGCCAGCUUCCUACCUGGUCAAUGUAUUCUCAGUCCUCUGCCCCACCUCCUUUGCAACCAUACUAUGUCCAACGACUGCCAUAUUAUCACACUUAUUUACAGAAUAACCCUCUUUAUCCUCCUUACGGUGUGGAAGACGCUCAAGUGGGUGUCAUGCAGAGAAAUGGACCAAAAAUACCAUUGACAGAUACGAAAUGUAGCAACAAUGAAGUAAAGAUUGAAGCUUCUCGGUCAACUAAAUCAAAAGUUAGCAAUCCAAAUUCAUAUGAUGAAAGGGAAGUUCAUAAACCUGAAAUUGAUGGUGGAUACUGGCUAGCAUUUCAAAACAUAUUAUUUAGAGAAUCAAGUGAAGAUAAUUAUACUGAAAAGGGCUGCAUGUCUGCAAAGGGAAAAGGUAUACAGAUACAGAAAGAUCCUACAGGUGAUGAUCAUACAACUCUUGGUGGGAAAGGUGCAGAUGAUUUGCAGGAUAGUAGGGAGAAUGUCAUCCACAGAGUUAGUAUAGACAUGCCUUGCUGCAUCCCCAGUGGAUCAAGUGAUGGUGUUUUACUUUCUAUCAGGGAGUGCGGCAACAUCUUGGGACACGAUGAUCAAAUUGACCUUCAGUAUGCUGAGACAAAUGGGGGAAAGGUCUAUGCCGAAACUGUGAGUCAUGAUUCUAUGUUGGCUGGUUGGGAACACUUCUCAGGGUCAAGAAAUUCUAUAAAUACACUUACUGAAAAGAGACUUCAGAGUGUGACUAAUAAACUGGAUAAAACUUCCACACAAUAUAUGGCUGAUGAAUCUUUUAUAGCACCUGGUAGGUCAAUGCUAUUCAGUGGUGCUGUACCAGAAAUUACCACUCAUUGUGACUGCGAACUUCCUACAACUACUGGAAACACAGAAAGCAUCUCAAAUGGAGUUAGAAGCCAUAUCAAUUAUAAGCCUAGUAAUCUAGACCUAAUUUAUAAAUGUGUGCCAGAAGAAAAUCCCAGAAGGUACAACCCCACUUUGGUCUAUGAAAUGCAAUCUCAUGUUAAAGAUAAUGUUUCGCAGGAAAAGGGAAAAAAGAAAGCCUCCAGUAUUGUGAAAGAAGUAAAUACGAAGAUAGACAAGGACCAGAUAGGAAAAGCUGAUUUAGAUAAUAAAAAGACUAUAGGACCCAUAAGAGGAGGAAAGCUAUCCAUGACAAGUCCUUUACAUUAUGCACGAGUUCAUGCGGAGAGAUUAAGACCCUUUAAGGAAGAUUUCCAGAAGAUGAAAAUAGAAAAGGAAGAGGAAGAUAUUAAAUGCUUAGAAGCUUUAAAACUGGAAAGGCACAAGAGAAUUGCAGCAAGAGGCAGCUACAGUUCUGCCCAUUUAUUGGUACCACUGUCGCAGAGAAGAAAGCAGCCAAUAAACCCAUUGCUAUCCCCCAUCAGAGGAUCAAAGUUCAAUGAUUUAGAACCAGGAUCAUCAUCACCGUUACAGAGAUCCAAAAUAAGAAAUCCUCUUGUAUCAACUAUUUCCCCGGAGGAUUCUAAGUCACAUAAAUUUAGUGAUGGGCAGUCAAAAAAUAACCGGUUAACAAAAUCAGCAUCAUCAUGGUCUGAUUCCAAUAAGGAAAGCAGUAAUAGUGUGACACCAAAUUCAAAAGCAUCCACGACAAGGGUUAGAAAAUUAUCUGAGCCGAAGACUGUAAAUUGGCCUGUUGCAUCAGUCAAGGCACAAAGUUCUGAAACAGUGAUAAGACUGAGGAAAUCCAAAGAACCUGAGAACACCAAAAUAUCAGAAAUCAUGGACCUUGAUACAACACAAGCUGCAACUCUUCCUGAACUGAAGAUCAGAUCCCCGAAAGGGCUUUCAGAUAAUAUGAAUGUUUCAGGACCUCCAGUAAAUCCUGCAAAUGUGAAAUCAUUGGCGAGUGGUGAAAAAGCUCCAUGUGACAGUGCAGGUGAUGAAAGCAUUGUUGAGAAGACCGUAGUAAUGCUUGAGUGUGAAAGCUCAUCCUUACCUGUUUCCCAUGCAUCAGGAGAGGAAUGUAGAGUACUUAGCCAAAAGUGUUACAGUCAUGGCCACUUAGGGGAGAAAUUUUCAGUAGUAUUUGAGCAUGCAGUGCCGACUGAUGCACCUCCUUCACCUUUUGUGGGAUUUGUCAGUGAUCCUAUUCCUGGCUUGGAUCAGGGACAACUGAAUUCAUGUGAGGUAGGAGCAAAAUGUGCACAUGAGACACCUAAAGUUGCAAAAGUGGACCCUGGUGGAAAACCUUAUGAAGCUCCUUAUGCUCAUAUGGCCUCUUUGGCAAUCUCAGACUUGGCAUUAGCAAAACCAAUUAAAUCACUUGUCGAAAGUGCUAGAACUGAUGGGGAGUAUACCAUUCAGGAAGAUUCAGCAAAAGCUCAAGUUAAGGAGCCACCAAGAGGCCUCUGGAGGCUAUGGAAAUUUGGUAAGAAGAAACACUGUCCCACUGCAUGUGAUAAAAAUCUUGAAACAGACCAAAAAAGUGUUUAUCAGCUAAAGCAUCAGGAUGGCCGUGCAGCAAAUACAACUUCAUCAAGUGAAGUUUAUACUUUGAAGAAUUUGAUGUCACAAGAUGAAACCUCAGCAGUUGACAAUGCUGUUCAAAAGUCUCGUCAUUUUUCUUUGUUGACUUACUUCUGGAGUAGGACAAGUGAAAAGAAGUUGAGGUCAUAAAACCAAGGUUUACUCAGGGUGAAACAUUAUUCUUUUGAGACAGUGGGAUGAGUUGUGUGGAGGCAUUUGAGUCUUGACAGAUAGUGUAGAUUAUUACAGAUUGUUCUAAUCACUCACCCGAUUGUGCAUUUAUGAGGAGAUAUCUUAGAGAUCUCAGAAUCUCUAAAUAUCCCCAAUUAUCUUUUCUUUAUUAGGGAACCUUAAUUAGGAGGAUUCCUUCCUUAUUUCAUUGUUUCUCUAGCUAUAUAUAUCCUGUAUUCUUCUCCUUGUAACAUACAGAACAUAAUAAACAGAAUACAGUUUACUUUCUUGAUUUAUUUCUACAUGGUAUCAGAGCGUGGUUAUUCUCUAAAAUGAUCAAGUUCUGAUCCUAUGGGAUGACCACCGAGAGAGAUGGAUCUAUCUCAGUCACCUCUGAACAUUCAGAGGGUGUCCCAACUGGAGAUGGCAGCAACAGAGUAUCAAUGGAAGCACAAUCAUCACUCCUAAUCAAUCAGAUUCGAUUAUUACUUGCCAUAAACUCAAUGGUAGUAAUUAUCUACAAUGGUCUCAGUCAGUUUUUAUGUAUGUGUGUGGAAAAGACAAGGAGGACUAUUUGACAGGUGAUGCACCUGCUCCGGAUCAAGGAGAUCCAGGCUACAAGAAGUGGAAAAAGGAGAACUAUACUGUGAUGUCAUGGCUCAUCAAUUCCAUGACAACCAGUAUAUGGGAAAACUUUCUAGUAUACAAACAGCUCAAGAGAUUUGGGAGGCUGUGAAAGAAACAUAUUCAACUUCAGAUAACACUUCUGAAUUAUUUGAGGUUGAAUCAAUGUUACAUAACCUUCAGCAGGGAGAAUUGAAUGUAACUCAAUACUUCAACAACCUUGUGAGACUCUGGCAGCAUCUUGAUGUGUUUGAGACAUACAGUUGGUCAUGUUCUAAGGAUAAGAAGCUAUAUCAGGCGAUCUGUGAAAGGAAGAGAGUCUUCAAAUUCCGGUCAGGUUUGGACAAGAGUCUAGAUGAGGUUAGGGGCAGAAUAAUGGGAAAGAAACUCACCCUUAGAGAAGCCUUCUCAGAAGUCAGAAGAGAAGAAAGCAGAAGGAAGGUAAUUGUGAAAGUAUAUUAGAAUAUACUUUAGAAUAUGCUAUAGAAUAUAUUAGGAAUAUAUCAUAGACAUUAUUAUUGUAUAGAAUCUUAUAUAGGAAUAUUCUAUUUGUAAUGUAUAUUUAUAGGGACUUCCACAACGAAUGAAAUACACAGAAAAUCUUUCCUCC